CAGCUGAGCUGGGACUAGGAUCCUCGAGCCAAAGAUGGCGAUUGUACAGCAGGCAAUAUGCACAUUCAUAGUUUGUCUGCUCAGCACGAGCGCAGGAUUUAUAUACUCCUGGCCGUCUUCCACCAUCACCAUGUUUUCGUCCACCAACACCACUCUCAACCGGCCCAUGACGGUCACUGAGCAGACUAUGUUCGCGAGCGUCUUCGCUAUCGUCGCCCUCAUCAUGACCCCUGCAACUGGGUACCUGCUGGAUAAAAUCGGGAGGAAGAAUACGUGCAUUCUUUUCGCUUUGCCUCAAAUUAUAUCUUGGGUAAUUAUUUCGUCUUCGAGAUCUGUGGAGCUGGUUCUAACGGCUAUGUGUAUAUCCGGCGUAGGCGGAUGCAUUCUCACCUGUGUACCUAUGUACAUCAGCGAGAUCUGCCAAGAGACCAUCAGAGGCACGAUGUUAGCCGGUGUCAACCUUUUCUAUGGAAUAGGAAUCACCUUGUCCUACGUCUUCGGAGGCUGUUUGAGCUACCAGACCAUGAACUACACUUGUUUAUCCAUCUCCGCUGCUUCCAUCAUUUUAAUGACGUAUAUGAGGGAGAGCCCACUAUAUCUAUUGAAGAAAGGCUUGGAUGAGGAAGCUGCAAAAUCUGUGGCUUUUUAUAGAAGUGUAAAGGUGGACUCAAAAGUAGUUGUCGAAGAAAUAGAAACGAUCCGACGCACACUUAACUCUUUAACUGCUGGUGAACAACUUCCCGAAGAAGAAAGUCUGAAACCACCUAAAACUCCAGAGAAGCGAUCCAUUUUACAAAUUAUACGUAAAUCGAAGUCUUCCAGACAAGGAAUUAUCGUUGUGUUGGCUGUCACAUUACUGUCGAUGUUCCAAGGAGUAGCAGGGGUCCAGGUGUAUGCUCAGCCACUGUUCGAGAAGGCGAUGCCAAGUGUUUCUGGAAACCUGAUGAGCGUAGUGUUUGGACUUCUUAAUAUAACUUCUGGUUUUAUUGCUGCUUUCUUGGUGGAUAUCUAUGGAAGACGACGGUUAAUGAUCUGCUCCUCCGCUUUGUCGGGCAUCACCUGUCUCGCCGUGGCCACGCAAGUCCACAUGCAGUGGGGUCCGGACUGGCUCACUGUGGUCUUCAUCUACAUCUACUGCAUUGUCUACACGUUUGGCGGUGGCACCGUCCCUUACAUCAUUAUGGCCGAGUUCUUCUUACCUGAGGUGAAAAGCUUCAUGGUGAUGGUGUGCACGGAGUGGGCAUGGAUCUGCAAUUUUCUCGUCGUCUUCACCCUCAGCAUCUUCGUCACCAACUUCGGCAUCGCCUCCGCCUUCUAUCUCUUCUCAGUCUUUUGCAUUCUCAGUGUGGUCUACUGUUACUACUACCUGCCUGAGACCAAGGCUUUGACCGUUGACGUCAUCCAAACGCUUCUCAUCAAGAAGCGACAGAACAUAUAGAUUAAUGUAAGUUAGAUUUCCAACUGUCCGGACUUUGUUACGGCAAAGUUCUGUUAUCUUAUAAAGAUUGAGACAUUAGAUAAUUAUUAGUUUUUAAGCACGAAUUAUUAUUGACAAGACAAGAUUCACUAUACAAGCCAUAUUUUAGAUUAAGACAUAUUUAGGAGAUGCAUCUAAUACGUAUCUAGAUGUAAUAAUUUUAAAGCCCUCUGACUAUGACUGUGUUACUUCAUUUUAAG